CAGGUGUGAACAGAAGCCUCAAGCAAGCGAGUGUCGCAUGCACAGUUAUGAUCCCGGCGAAGGUAGGAGCCCGCUGUAGGAGUGUCGCGGGGUAGGUCAGGUCAAACUUAACCUCGAUAGAAAUCGUGAGAUCCUACAAACACCUUGUACCUGUUCUAGGAGCACAGACCACUUGCUACAACAACUGCUUACCAACUUUGUUAUUCGAGGUUUGAAAAAUUCUGUGGGUAAUGGCUGAACAUAUUUUCUGUUUCUUCAUGGCAGAUUAAAAAUAACUUUGUUAUGGUUCACUGGAUUGCACAACUUUUGACGGCUGUGUUGGGGAAAGUUUAUUGUGAGUUCAAGGAUCACGAAACAUUAAAACACUGCUUUGUAUGACGAGCGACAGACGACAUUCUUCAGUGAGAGAGGUAAUAGACUGACAUGGGCCUCCUGCACAGUCUGGCUUUCCCAAAGCAGGAUGAGAAGGACAAACCGAAGCCUCUCAUCAUUGAUGUGGAAGAAGUUCUGAAAGAAGCUGCCUGGGACAUGUACAUCCACUCCUAUGGCCCUCUCCGCAGGCAGUUCAUCAAGAGGAAGAACUUCACCAUAGAGGUUCCAAUGAACUACUACCACUUUGAACAAGGGCCACCCAAAAUACGAGUGAGGCACGUAGGACAAACACGACACAAUCUGAGUACAGACACCAAUGGCGCACGACAAGCCGUCCAAGAAGGGAGAGGGGUACCGGAAAUGAUCGGCCUGGAGACGAGGUUCAACAACGACACGGAAACCGAGCAGAAGUACAACUUCAACUUCGAGAAGGAGAGGUCAGCGUCUGUCGAGGUCACCUACCAGCGAGGUUUCUCCAUCGGUGGCAAAGCUAACUUUACUCUCGGCCUUCCUAAGGUUGCCGGCGAUGGUGAACUGGGUUUCGAAAUUGAAACGCACGUUGAGGUCUCCAAGACAACGGGCGAAAGGCACGAGGAGAAAGUGACGACCUCUGCGAUGAGCGAGAUAACUGUGGCUCCUCACAGCCACUACACCGCUACCGUCGUCAUGGAGGAGCGAACUCUGGUGGCUGACUUUGAGAUCCCUGUGACCAUGACCCUGCCGGCAGAGCGCGGUCUCAUCUACAUCAAGAUGAAGAAGACUGGCGAAGUGGUUUAUGUCCAAAAUGUCACCAACUUGCCCUUCUACUUCCACAAAUUUGACGAUGUCCAAAUUGUCAACCCUAAUGGCGAGGUCGUCGGUAAAACUAAAGAGUUUUAUGACCAAUGGAAGAACAUUCGUUUCAAAAUUGUUGGCAUCGUGAACGGUGUUCAGCUCUCCAGCCACUGCAUCAACCUCAGACAGACAGGUGUGGUCCCUGCAGGCAGCAACCUUGCUUCGGCUUCUCCCAAAGUAAGUUCCCGAGAGUCUAAAGGCAAAGCCUUGCUGACUGCUCCGAAAGGAGGAAGUGGCGUCACCACCACGGAUGUGGCAAGCAGCAGCAGUGCGCAAGACCCAGUGCGCAGCCAGGGUGUGGGGGACCAGAUCCUCCAGGUGGCGUCCAGUGCGGACGCUUCAGCAAUGGAAGGCGUUCAGAAGGCCAUUGUCCAGCAGGCCAAAGACAGUGGUGCCGUGCAUGUUCCUGGACGAUGGUUAGAAUUCUAGUUUUGACCAGAAAAUCCUGGCAUUGAUCCGCUAAAGUUUUCGUCUACUUGACCGCAGCUAUUUGCUUCGCACAUGAAGUCAAAAAAUGUGUCGAAUUAUGUAAUAUUUUGUAAACAAUAUGCAAAGUUCUCUCUAUUAUGUUAUUUGUGGUGCAUGAUUCCAGCACUGCCAUAAUGCUUUGAUGUCAAUUUGAAUCAACUUUUGCUCCAAAUAAUUCAUAUGAAUGUGUAUGCGUGCGUGCGUGGGCUUUUGGUGGGAAGAUUUUUUAAUAGGUAGCACUGUCUCUUCAGAAUUAGUCGAUCUUGAUAUUGUGGAGUGAUAGUGUGUCAGGCUCAGUAAAAUAAUUGUGUUGCUUUUGCAUUUUUUUUUCGAAUGAGAAACACAGUUUCGUUUAUGUUUCCUUGACUAAGCUUAAUUGGGAAAUAAUUGCUUGAAUACGAUGGGUGUUAGCACAGUAUAGAAGUAUGGAAGGAUUUGUGUAUUUAAGUUUCUAAAAUUUUGCAUACAUAUAAAUAUAUAUACUUGA